AUGUCGGACAUCAAGCCAUUCACAAUAUCGGUCCCAGACCAGGCUCUUGACGACCUGAAGAAACGACUAUCUCUUGCAAAAUUUCCCCACGAUGAGCUUGAUGGCGCCGGCUGGGACUAUGGCGCUCCUCUGGACGAUGUGAAGAGACUGACAGCGUACUGGCGUGAUGCGUAUGACUGGCGCAAAGCGGAAGCAGCACUCAACCAGCAUCCUCAUUUUACCACAUCCAUCCAGUGUGUGGGUUUCGAAGCGCUUCAGAUCCACUUUAUUCACCAGCGAAGCCAUGUUGCAGACGCAAUACCACUUCUCUUCGUGCACGGCUGGCCAGGCAGCUUUCUCGAGGCAUUGAAGAUCUACAAGCCGCUGACAGAUCCCGGACCGAACAGCUCGGCACCUGCAUUCCAUUUUGUCGCCCUGUCUUUGCCCAAUUAUGCUUUCAGCUCAGGCUCAAAGAAGAAAGGCUUCGCACUGGCGCAAUACGCAGAGACGUGCAACAGACUCAUGCUCAAGCUUGGAUACAAUGAAUACGUGACGCAAGGCGGAGAUUGGGGAUACUUCAUCACACGAACAAUGUCGCUCCUGUUCCCUGAAAACGUCAAGGCAACUCACGUCAAUAUGGACCACGGCGAACGGCCGAGCUUUCUGAGCAACCCGAUCUUGGCCGCCAAACACAACCUCAGGCCAUAUACAUCACGCGAACGCGAGGGCUUCGCUCGAGGUGCGUGGUUCCAAAAGGACGGCAGCGGCUACCGCUCAGAGCAAUCUACGAAGCCACAGACAUUAGGAUAUGCUUUUGCGGACUCACCUGUCGCUCUACUGGCCUGGAUCUACGAGAAAUUGCAUGACUGGACAGAUAGUUACCCGUGGACACCCGACGAGAUCUGUACGUGGAUGUCUAUCUACUGGUUUAGUCAGGCGGGCCCUGCCGCCAAUAUUCGAAUUUACUACGAAGCCAUCCACAAAUGGGAUGACCCGAAGACCAGGGUGACGAGGGAUCGUACAAGAAGGUAUAUCGGAGGCGGUGUCAAACUUGGGCUUAGCCACAGCCCGAAAGAACUCAGUGUCCUCCCGAGCAGCUGGACGCGCACGCAAGGGAAUGUCGUGUAUGAGAAGACUUGGAAUGAGGGCGGUCACUUCUUCGCGUGGGAGAAACCUGACCAUCUGGUUCACGACGUGAGGACCAUGUUUGGGAAAGGCGGUGGUGCGUACAAUGUGAUAAAGGGCAAGAGCGGCUAUCCCGGAGCCAGAUUAUGA